AGCCUCGCAAGCCACGUCGACAAGGUCUGCGCCCUCGAGGACAUGCUCGCAGAGCAGGAGGCCAUCAAGGCCGAGGUCGCAGCUCUCCAUGACCUCAUCCACGCUUCAUCCGCACGUUCCCAGCACGACAAUGGCACGCACAUAGACUUAGAGCGUGGUCGCUGUGGACACAACGAUGACAAUACAUCUAGCAUUCAUACGAUUACACCACAUGAGCUGGAACGCGUUGAGGAGGAGGACGAGAGUGAAGAACAGGAUGAGAGCGAGGAGGAUCGGGAGCGUGCACAGAGGAGGGAGGAGCUGGGUAGGCCAAGGACGCCGGAGCCAUCUUGA